AUGCUUCACCAAGUCGCGUUGCUCGCGCUGUUCUGCGUACAAACCCUGGCCAAUCCUGGCUGUGGUGUUCCACGCAUCAAACAUCAGGCGUUGAUCGUCCGCGGAAGUCCCACCCAGCCGGGCGAGUGGCCAUGGCACGCCGGAGUGUACCACCGAUCUGGCCGGAACAGCCAGUACGCCUGCGGAGGAACGCUGAUCAGUGCGGAUUUUGUGGUUACCGCUGCGCACUGCAUGUUGGAUGAGGGCACGAGUUACCGGCUGACCCGGAAGCGGCUUUUUGUGCGACUUGGCGUGCAUAACCUGGACCGGAUCGACCCGGGCGCGAUGCAACAGUUCACGAUCGCCGACAUUCACAUGUUUGGGAACUUUUCGAGGGACAAUCUGCACAACGAUAUCGCUUUGUUAGAGUUGGGCGAGAUGGUCCGGAUGACGGAUUACGUCGUACCGGCUUGUGUGAAUCGGAACGUGAAUCUUGACGGGUUAGCUGGGACGGCCGUCGGUUGGGGUGUUACGGAGGAUGACGAGAUAUCGCUAGAACUGAAGCAGGUCACGCUGCCGGUGAUUGACAGCGUUGACUGCUUGGAGAGCGAUCGUGACCUGUUCGGGACGAUGAUGCACAAGGGCAUGUUCUGCGCCGGGUACCAAAAUGGAUCGUCGGUCUGCAACGGGGACAGCGGAGGUGGAAUGUUUUUCAACCGGGAUGGGAUGUGGUACCUCGGCGGAAUUGUGUCGUUCCAGAAGUUCCGCAAGCAUGGUACGAACCUGUGUUAUACCCGGGGAUAUGCAGCGUUCACCAAUGUUGCCAAGUAUCUGGACUGGAUGGGAAACAUUACGGGAAUGGACUUUUCGGAGAGACCAGCUGUCCUUGUAACUACUACGGAAGCCCCAAAGAAGCGGGAGAGAGUGCCUUACAGUCCUCGGGUCAGCGAUAAAAAAUGCUACGAGUACUUACGUUAUAGAAAAGCUAAUUAUUAUGACUCUUAUACCGUUACAAUCUGGGACAAUGGACUGCAAACGUGUCUUGCCAAUAUAAUAAGUGAAAGAUUCCUACUUAGUUCUGGAUAUUGCGCUCAUUACAGUUUUGACCAAAUAUCAAUCAAGGCAGAGUUUUACAACGGGCAGUACGACUUUCGACUCGAUGGCCUCAAGAUGGUGCUGCAUCCAAACCACACAGGAACCGACUACGUCUCCACCAGCGCCGUAGUCCUGAUCGAUCUUGGACGUAACUACGACGAACUCAAACCGGACGUUGGCUGCCUCUGGACGGACCCCAACGAAAUAACCCUCGAGUCGGUUGGCGCGGCCAUCUGGCCCACGGAGAUGCCAACCGGUCCGCCGCUGAACGUGUCCGAGUCGGCGGACGGGCGAUUCCUGCGCACAAACGACAACAUCUCGUGUGACAACGACCGCAGCAUCCUGGGCGUUCGAUUGGGACUUCGCAAAAAGGGCGAAUCUUUCUUCCGGCUCGUUGGACCCCUCGUCGAUUGUGAUAGUUCCGAGUACGCGAGGCUGACGCCCGAGUAUCUGGACUGGAUCGAGAGCGUCGUGUGGCCCGGCGAAACGGUGAACGCGAAUAGGAAUCGGAUUGUGAAUUUGUCGAGGAAACCGUUUUCUAAGUGAAAACAGGUUAUAACGUCAUGAUUCGGAUUCCCGGACACCACAUCUUGUUUUAAGUUUGCAUUAUGAAU